GCGAGCCUUGAACAAAUGAGAGACUGUGGCAGAGACUGUGAAUGCAGCGGGUGCGUCCCGGGACUGUAUAAAAGUCCUGACAUCCCCACUGCCUCUACACGGAGAAAAUUUACGCGUCUCAGGUGUACUUGUCUGCCCAUCAAAAUGAAGUCUCUUGUGGUGAUCUUUGCUCUGGCUGUUUUUACUGGCUGCCAGGCUCGUAGCCUGUUCCAGGCUGAUGCCCCUCAGCCCAGAUGGGAGGAGAUGGUGGACCGCUUCUGGCAGUAUGUGUCCGAGCUCAACACACAUGCUGACGGUGUGGUGGACAACAUCAAGGGGUCCCAGCUCAGCAGAGAGCUUGACACCCUGAUUAGUGACACCAUGGCUGAGCUGAGCACAUACAGUGACAAUCUUCAAACCCAGCUGACUCCAUAUGCUUCUGAUGCUGCUGGUCAGCUGAACAAAGAUCUCCAGCUCUUGGCUAGCAAACUGCAAACUGACAUGACCGAUGCUAAGGAACGCUCCACUAAGUAUCUGCAAGAGCUGAAGACCAUGAUGGAGCAGAACGCUGAAGACGUGAAGAACCGCGUCAGCACCUACACCCGCAAACUGAAGAAACGCCUGAACAAGGACACCGAGGAGAUACGCAACACUGUGCAAACAUACUUGGGUGAGCUGCAGUCUCGUGCUUCCCAAAAUGCUGAAGCCGUGAAGGACCGUUUCGAGCCCUACGUCAACCAGGCCCAGAAUGGUGCCAGCCAGAAAUUGGGUGCCAUUAGCGAGCUGAUGAAGUCUCAGGCGCAGGAGAUGAGCAAGCAGUUGGAAGUCCAGGCUGGAGCUCUGAAGGAAAACCUGGAGCAGACCGCCGAAAACCUGCGCACAUCCCUAGAGGGCCAUAUGGAUGAACUGACCAGCCUCCUCACCCCUUACUCUGAGAAGAUCCGUGAGCAGCUGCAGAUCGUCAUGGACAAGAUCAAGGAGGCAUCAGCAGCUCUUCCCACUCAAGCUUAAGAGCUCCACACUUAUCUAGAGUUAACACCAAACAGAAACAAGAAAGGAGGUUUUGUGUUACUGAAAUGUGCUUUUUUCAUUCUGUGAGAGGUUGAUAAGUGGUUAAGAACUGGACUCGACUGGACUAGCACUGUCCAUUAUUGGACAAAAGAAUACCAUGUACUCACCAUGUUUACUUUCUCAGUAUUAACCCACUGUCUGAGGAUAUACUUUUAGUGUCUUUCGUUAGCAUACAGUAAAGAAUUUUUAAGAUCAAUCAGCUUGCCUUUAUUGGCAGUUAUCUAAGAAUGUUUUGUAGUUAGUGGGGCCAAAAUGACACCAUUCAAAAUAAAUGUUAAAAAAGUGCCUUCAGCUGCUGAACUAAAUCAGAAUAUAUGUAAAGAUGAGCUUUGUUAGCCACAAAUCCACAUAUAAAUGCUUGUUUACUUUAUGUGUUUGUGCGCUGUUGUAUUUGAAUUUGUUUUCAAUAAAUGUGUGUCCUACUACACAA